CACUGUUGAUUUUCAAAUUCUCCUCCUGGGCCUGUGUCGGGGUUGGGAAAGAGAUUGGUGCUUAAAUCCACUGACUCUAAGACUUAAGAACAGAUUUUCUGACCCCCUGUCAUACUCUCCCAACUGCGUCCUGCUGCGGGCAGAGGACCUAGAUGAGUUCCCAGCUCUUCGGAUACUCGGAGCUUCUCAUUCAACAGAGGUCUGAAUUCCCAGUCUUAGAAUCCUGGAAGUCCAAGUCGCUGCCACUUAGGGAGGAACCCCAGAAUCUGCGCUCGGGAACAAUGGGAAACCUAAGCCAGGAUCCCAGUCCCAGUGGGCUCAGGUAAGUCAGACCCACAGUCGCCCCUCAGCCUGCUCGAGGUCCCGCCCACCUGCCCGGGCAGCUGCGGAGCGUACCCAACGGGCCUGUAGCGUGGGAACGCCCCAGCUGGGCCGCAUGUGGCAGUCAGGACAAGCUGCGAAGUUCCCAGCCUCCUAGCCUGACCAGCCCCGGCACCGCCGCCUCCCAGCUGUCGCCCGGCAACCACAGCCAAGUGGGGCGAGGGACUGAGCCCUUACUGCGGGGUCUAGGGAAAGGAGGGGCUGGGGGCCUGGAUUCCUGGAUCUUACUUAGGACUUGCUAUGGUUUGCAGCGGUAACUAGGAAUGCAGGGGGAUAUUUUGAGGAGGUGGUUUGAGAGAGAAGAGCAGAAUCCUCUUCUCCGGGGUCCCAGCUGCCCCCAACCCAGGCAACCCGGCGCCCUCUUCCUGACCCCCAGGCUCUGAGGAUCCCCGGGCCCCGCCUCCCCCAGGCGCGGAAACUAGCAAGGCCCCAGGGGUUCCCAUUUAUAGCUAAGUUUCCACUCAGCGCGGUCCCUGCAGGACUUGGGCUAAGCAAGUUUCUUCCACUCCCUCCUUUUCAACCCCGUAGCCCCGCAACCACGGCAGGGUGCAUGUGUCCAACCCAGCCUAGACCUCCUCUUUCGAUCCAGGUGUUCCGGCUCCCAGAUCCCAGUUGGGCUGGGGCUCCAGUCCAAGGGGAGAACCCCGCCCUACUUUCUCGGAUUCGUUGGGGUCUCGACUGUGGGACUUUCUUCAUGGAAAGGGGGCGGGUCCCCGGGGGCACAAGGUGCGCCGGGGCGGGACGUAUGGGAUCAGACCCUCUCGGAGUCUCUCAGAGACUCAGUGCACGGACCUCGCUGGCGCUACAGAAUCCGAGCCAGCGGACGGCCGGGCCGACUUAGGAACUCCAGGCCAGGGACAGAAGGGAGGUCCUAGCCUGGGGUGAAGAGUCGGGCGCGAAGGGGGCUCCAGGCCGGAGUGGCGGGAGGUGUGCUUUCGAGGAAGCAGUUGGCGGGAAAGCCAGUGCGACAGCAAGUCAACUGGAUCUUGAGGGACACACACCCAGGAUGCUGGUUCCUGCCCUCCUGGUCCUCUUCUUCUGCUUCAGAGGGCGUGCAGGCCUGUCGCCCCAUUUCCUGCAACAGCCGGAGGACUUGGUGGUACUGCUAGGGGAUGAGGCCCGGCUGCCCUGUGCCCUGGGCACAUACUCGGGGCUGGUUCAGUGGACUAAGGAUGGGCUGGCUCUAGGGGGUGAAAGGGACCUGCCAGGGUGGUCCAGGUACUGGAUAUCAGGGAAUGCAGCCAGUGGCCAGCACGACCUCCACAUUAGGCCUGUGGAGCUAGAGGAUCAAGCAUCAUAUGAAUGUCAGGCAACACAGGCAGGCCUCCGCUCUCGACCGGCCCAAUUGCAUGUGCUGGUGCCCCCAGAAGCCCCUCAUGUGUUGGGUGGCCCCUCUGUAUCUCUGGUUGCUGGGGUUCCUGCAAACCUAACCUGUCGGAGCCAUGGGGAUGCCCGCCCCACCCCUGAGCUGCUGUGGUUUCGAGAUGGGGUCCAGCUGGAUGGGACCACCUUCAAACAGAUCAUACUGAAGGAAGGGACUACUGGGUCAGUGGAGAGCAUCUUAUACUUGACCCCUUCCAGCCAUGAUGAUGGAGCCACCUUGGUCUGCCGGGCCCGAAGCCAGGCCCUGCCUGCAGGAAAGGACACAGCUAUCACACUGAGCCUGCAAUAUCCCCCAGUGGUGACUCUGUCUGCAGAACCACAGACUGUACAGGAGGGAGAGAAGGUUACUUUCCUAUGCCAGGCCAGGGCCCAGCCUCCUGUCACUGGCUAUCGGUGGGCAAAGGGGGGUUCCCCAGUGCUGGGGGCCCGAGGGCCAAUGUUGGAGGUGGUGGCAGAUGCCUCAUUCCUAACUGCGCCAGUGUCGUGCGAAGUCAGCAACACUGUGGGUAGUGCCAACCGCAGCACCGCACUGGAUGUACAGUUUGGGCCAAUUCUGCUGGCAAAGCCAGAGCCCACGUCUGUAGACCUGGGGGAAGACGCUUUGUUUAGCUGUUCUUGGCGUGGGAACCCUCUCCCACAGGUAACCUGGACCCGCCGUGGGGGCACACAGGUACUGGGCUCCGGGCCCACACUGCGUAUUCCUUCAGUGGGGCUGGAGGAUGCAGGUGACUACAUGUGCAGGGCUGAGCCAGGCCUCUCCGGUCUAGGGGGCGGCGUUGCAGAGGCUAGGCUGACUGUGAAUGCUCCCCCUGUAGUGACUGCCUUGCACUCAGCGCCUGCCUUCCUGAGGGGUUCUGCCCGCCUCCAGUGUCUAGUCUUCGCCUCCCCCGCACCAGAAGCCGUAGUCUGGUCUUGGGAUGAGGGCUUCCUGGAGAAGGGGUCAUGGGAUCGGUUCCUGGUAGAGACGUUUCCAGCCCCAGAAGGCCAAGUUGGACAGGCUCCAGGCCUGAUCUCUGUGCUACACAUUUCCGGAACUCAAGAGUCUGACUUUAGCAGGGGCUUCAACUGCAGUGCCCAUAACCGGUUGGGUGAGGGAAGCACCCUGGUCAGCCUGAGCCGUAGAGACUUGCCGCUGCCUACUAUGCAGAUUGUGACUGGAGUGGCCUCCUCAGCCAUGAGUCUCCUUAUGGUCAUCACUGGGGUGGCCCUCUGCUGCUGGUGCCAAGGCAAGGCCUCUUUCUCCAAGCAAAAGAACCUGGUGCAAAUCUCAGGCAGCAGACAUGGUUCCAGUUCACAGGGCCCCGAGGAAGAGGGCACAGGCAGCAGUGAGGACCGGGGCCCCAUCAUGUACACAGACCACACUGACCUGGCUCUGGAUGAAGAGGGGGCUUCGGAGACCAAGGACCCAACCAACAGUUACUACAAGGUCCAAGGAGUCAGUGUGAGCCUGAGCCUUGGUAAAGCCCCUGGAGGAGGCCUCUUCCUGCCACCACCCUCCCCCCUUGGACUUCUGGGUACACCUCCUUUCUAUGACUGCAAUUCACACCUGGACAUGCCUCCCCGCUGCAAACUGUAUAGAGCCCAGGCAGGUUAUCUCACCACACCCCAUUCUCAAGCUUUUACCAGCUACAUCAAACCCACAUCCUUUGGGCCCCCAGAUCUGGCCCCCGGGACUCCUUCUUUCCCAUAUGCUGCCUUCCCCACACCUAGCCACUUGCGUCUCCAGACUCAUGUGUGACAUCUCUCCAACUGAAAUGUUGGGAUAGUCAACUUGUCAUAAUAGAUUGUCCUGAUUUCUGAACAACCAGAACAAGUUAGUGACCUUACUCCUCCAGAACUAAAUAUCGAGGGGAGGGAUAGAUCAUUAUUAUUGCCUGGGUCAUUGAUGACAGUUUGAUCAGCCAAAGGGGAUGCCCCAAGUGGGGCAAGAUGGCCACUAUGUCCACCUAUUCCCCUGCGUAAAAGAGAUUCAAGAUGCCAAAUGGCCCCUUUAAAGAGGAAUAGAGACAGGUUACAGUGGGAGUUAGAGGCAAGUUGUAGGCAGACACUGAAAGAAGAUAUUUGCAUAAGAAAAAAGUAACAUAGGGCAGAUUAAGAUGGAGGCCAGACCAGGCUCUGUCCUGGCUUUCCCUGAGGUGCACUUUGCUUGGCCAAUGGAAGUGAAGCCAAGAUAGCAGGUCACUUCUUGGGAACCCAAGAUAGCUACCACCUUGAUUCCUUCCACCUUCCUUAAAGGCCUUGGAAGAAUUGGGUCCAAGGAGUAAGGACAGGGUGAGAUCUGUCACUGGAGGGGGUGGGGAUGGAACCUGAGGAUAAGGGGAUAU